UGCUCAUUCAUGAUUGUGGAUCAAGUCAUUACACAACUCUGAUACCAAUUUAUUUAUUGACAGAAUUUUCUUAUUCUCUUUAGUUAAUAAAAAAAGAGAAAGUAGGCAUCAGUAUUCUUGGCUUCAUGGACUUGAGAAAUGCAUGGGUUGGCUUCUUUCUGUUUUGUAGUUUCUGGUUUAUCACUUUCUGUGGACAAGAAGAUGAUUUUCUGAGUCUUUCUUGUGGUGGAAGAACAAGUUUCAGUGAUUCAUCUAACAUUUCAUGGAUCCCAGACACCACCUACAUAACCACAGGGAAGACAACCACCAUCACUUAUAGUGAUGGAACCUCUUCAUUGAACAUCUCAGCUAGGUUCUUCCCAGAUUCCAGAAAUCGAAAAUGUUACAGAAUACCUUUGAACAAUGCAACAACUUUGGUUCUUGUCAGAGCAAAAUUUGUUUACAAGAACUAUGAUGGACUUGGACAACCUCCUACAUUUUUCGUUUCGAUUGGGACAGCUCUAGCUGCUAAAGUAAAUCUUACAGAAAAUGACCCAUGGAGUGAAGAGUUCCUAUGGACAGUGAAUAAGGAUACACUGGCAUUUUGUUUAAAUGCAAUUCCAAAUGGUGGUUCACCUGUAAUUUCUUCCCUUGAAAUCAGACCACUUCCUCAAGGAGCCUACACAAGUGGUAUGCAAGAUUUUCCAAAUAAGCUUCUAAGGAAGAGUUAUCGAAUUGAUUGUGGACACAACAAUGAUUUCAUCCGGUAUCCCUUGGAUCCAUUUGAUAGAAUCUGGGAUGCUGAUAGAAAUUUCACGCCCCAUCAUCUUGCAACUGGGUUUAAGAUUCAGCUUAGCUUUGAUCAGUUUAGUCUUGUGGAGGAACCACCCGAAGCUAUUCUUCAAACUGGGAGAGUUUUGGCGCGAAAAAAUAUAAUGACAUAUAACCUGCCCCUUGAUACAUCAGGGGACUACUACAUCAUCCUCUACUUUGCUGGAAUUCUUCCUGUGUUCUCCUCUUUUGAUGUCUUAAUAAAUGGAGAUCUAAUGAAAUCAAACUACACAAUAAAGAGCUCAGAAAUCAGUGCUUUGUAUGUAACAAGAAAAGGACUCAGCAGCUUGAAUAUAACACUGAAGGGAGUAGAUUUUUACCCUCAGAUCAAUGCAUUUGAGGUUUAUAAGAUGGUUGAAGUUCCACCUGAUGCCUCCUCAACCACAGUUUCAGCUCUGCAGAUUAUUCAGCAAUCCACUGGAUUUGAUCUUGGAUGGCAAGAUGAUCCGUGCUCUCCUUCCCCGUGGGUUAGAAUUGAUUGCGAAGGAAGCCUUGUUACAUCAUUGGAUCUGUCAGACAUUAAUUUGAGAUCAAUCAAUCCUACAUUCGGUGACUUGUUAGACCUUAAAACAUUGGAUUUGCACAACACGACGCUUUCAGGUGAAAUCCAGAAUUUGGAUAGCUUGCAACAUCUUGAGAAACUGAACCUGAGUUUCAAUCAAUUGACAUCCCUCGGUGUAGAUCUGGAGAACAUGAUUAGCCUUCAAAUAUUAGACUUGCAGAACAAUAGUCUACAGGGAGUAGUGCCUGAUAGCUUGGGAGAAUUGGAGAACCUUCACUUUCUGAAUCUGGCAAACAACAAACUACAAGGUCCACUACCACAAUCUUUGAAUAAAGAAAUGUUGGAGAUCAGAGCGUAUGGGAAUCUGUGCUUAACAUUUUCCACAGCCACAUGUGAUGAAGCAUCAUCCAAUCCUUCAAUUGAGACACCACAAGUUACUUUAGUUUCUAAGAAGAAACACAAUGUACAUAGCCAUCUAGCAAUCAUACUAGGAAUGGCUGGAGGAGCCACACUAGCCUUUCUCUUAAUGUAUCUUUCAGUGAUGAUAUACAAGACUAGAAAGCAACAUGAAGUUUCACACACAGCAAAAGUAGAAAUGGAUAUGAAGAACUGGGGUGCAGCGAAAGUCUUUUCAUACAAAGAAAUCAAAUCAGCUACAAGAAACUUUAAAGAAGUUAUAGGAAGGGGCAGUUUUGGAUCUGUUUAUCUUGGAAAGCUUCCAGAUGGAAAAUCAGUAGCGGUCAAAGUUCGGUUCGACAAAUCCCAGCUUGGUGCUGAUUCUUUUAUUAAUGAGGUCAACCUUUUGUCAACAAUCAGGCAUCAAAAUCUUGUUUCUUUGGAAGGAUUCUGUCAUGAAGCAAAGCAUCAGAUAUUAGUUUAUGAGUACUUGCCUGGUGGAUCUCUGGGUGACCACCUCUAUGGUACAAACAAUAAAAAGACUUCCUUAAGUUGGGUUCGGAGGCUGAAAAUUGCUGUUGACGCAGCAAAAGGAUUGGAUUAUUUGCACAAUGGAAGUGAACCACGAAUCAUACAUCGCGAUAUCAAGUGCAGUAAUAUCCUUUUAGAUGUGGAUAUGAAUGCCAAAGUCUGUGACUUAGGCCUCUCCAAGCAAAUAACCCAAGCAGAUGCAACUCAUGUCACCACUGUUGUCAAGGGAACUGCAGGGUAUCUUGAUCCAGAGUAUUAUUCCUCUCAACAGCUGACAGAGAAAAGUGAUGUAUAUAGCUUUGGAGUUGUUCUUUUGGAACUCAUUUGUGGAAGAGAGCCAUUGACUCACUCUGGAACUCCUGACUCAUUCAAUUUGGUGUUAUGGGCCAAGCCUUAUUUGCAGGCAGGUGCAAUUGAGAUAGUGGAUGAGGACAUAAAAGGAACAUUUGAUCCUUUGAGCAUGAAGAAAGCAGCUUCCAUUGCUGUAAAGUCAGUGGAGAGAGAUGCAUCACAGAGGCCAUCUAUUGCAGAGGUAUUAGCUGAGCUAAAGGAAGCCUAUAGUCUUCAGCUCAGAUUCCUUGAAUCUUUUCAAAAUGAGAGCUGAUUUGCAGUUACAACCACAAACAAGUUUUUAAAUUGCGAUAGCGGUCACGCUUUUGAUUACGUCUCAGUCCUUAUUAUUGCGGAAGAUCACACAUAAAUACCACUGAUGAUGAAGAAAUUAAGGUUAUGACAUGAUUGUGAAGACCUUCAAAACCUUUGUAUUGUGGUUGCAAAGGGCAGUUUAAAACCAUGUUCAGUACAUAUCAAACUAGAUUAUUUGUGAUGUAAAAAAAACUAAUUAUUUGUCAUUGUAGAGAGAUAAAGAUUUUACCUUAUAGUCAGUACAAAUUGUUGGUUGAAAGAGAAGAAAGAAAGAAAUUAGAUGCAACAUUUGAUUAACUUUACUUAUAA